AUGACUUACUUUGAUAAGGACAUGGAAAACCUGAAUCACCCGGCCGUCAUCCCCGUGGAUGAACGAUACGGUCGAUUCCAGUUCACGGAGGACGAGCUCGACGACGAAUCAUCCGCCUAUUCCGUAGCCUCGUCGGCACACAACUUCCUAGUCGAGAAUGGCAGGCGGUACCACGACUACAAGAACGGCCAUCCCUUCCCCUACGACGAGGUCUCGGAGGAGAACGAAAUUGUCCUUCACGAGAUGUGUCUGCUCCUCCUCGACAACAAAUACUUUCUCUCGCCCAUUAAUGAAUCCUCUCUGCGGUGUGUUGCAGAUGUAGGAACCGGAUUGGGUCUGUGGGCCGAAGGAAUGGCCGAGAAGUAUCCCGACACACAGGUGGUGGGAAUCGACACUGCCCCCCGUCCGAGAGCCAUUUACCCCAAUCUUUCUCACAUCAUGUUUGAUGCAACUGACGAAUGGGUCUUGGAUGACCCUUCCAUGAAAUUCGACCUGGUACAUAUCAGGUCUCUGUUUGUGGGGGUCAAGGACUGGGAUGCCUUGUACAAACAAUGUUUCGAUAACAUGAAUUCGGGCGCCUGGAUCGAACAGAUGGAAGUGGAGAUUGAGGCUUUGACCGACGACGAGGAGAUUCUACCCAACAGUCAGCUCCGGGCAUUGUGUGACUUUACCAGAGAAAUGUCGGCCGCAGCGGGAAGAGACUUUCAGAUCUCUUCGGCCAUGAAGAAAAAGGUCGAGGAAGCCGGCUUCGUGGAUGUGCAAGAGCAGAGACUGAAGCUGCCUCUGGGACCCUGGCCAACGGACCCGAAGCUUAAAGACGUGGGACGGUUCUACGAGCGGUUCUACAAGACCGGGCUACAAGGCUGGCUGUUGCAAAUCUGUACCCGAAACAUGGGCUGGACCUUGGACCAGGUCAACGACGCGUGCAUCAAGGCCUUUCAAGAGAUCAACUCCCGCCAACAGCACUUUUGGUACCCACUGUAA